AUGGACGAGCCAUCGCUCGUGCCCGUGAAGGCAUCGUGCUGGGCGCGCCUGUACGACAUGGCGGGCGUCUUCUACCUCGUGUCUUCCAUGGGUCUCAGCGUCGUCGCGCUCCUGCUCUCGUCCGAGCACCUCGCCAACGACCUCUUUUGGCCGGCAAUGCCUUCCUCGUCUUCGAGCCUCGCCGCUGUGUUCACCAGUAAGCUGCUCCUCGAAGCCACCGAGCCUGUGCUGGACGUCACGCAGACGGUUUUGGCGUCAAGCGCGAUCGGCAGCUUCUCGCCGGCGUACCCGCGUCUCAUGCUCUUUGGGCAGCUCACGUCGAUGGCCGACGCGGUCGACGGCCUCCGACGCUUGUUGCCAAGUAACGUGCUCACGAUGGUCUCGCCGUACUGCUGGGUGGACCUGGAGCGGCGCUACGAGAUGGCGUACACGCUCCAGCGCCAAGCCCGCUGCUUACGCCUCCAGAGCGACAACGCGGCCGUAUACAUGGAGACCGUUUUGCGCAACACCGACGUCGACGCGUUUGCUGCGCUGACGCAAGGGCGAUUUGCAGCCUACUUUACGCAGCCGAUCGCCGACACGGGUCCAGAGGGCGCUGCAUAUGUCGCCGCCCUCUACGCCCACACGCGGGUGCCCGCGGCGGACGAGGUGGCGUUCUGGGCUGCGCACGGCUGCCGUCGAUUCGUGCUGCAGUACGGCAACCGCGACCACACGGGACUCCUCGAGACGAUUCUCUUGCGCAACGUGUUUCGUUUCGAGUACGCGUAUCCGAUCAAGGCGAUCGAGAAGGUGUCGCCGUCGCUCUACUGGACAACAAGCAACUUGUACGGUCUCUUGUACGACGACUUGUACGCGCUGGCGCCCAACAUGAGCUUUAUUCGAAGCACGCCGAGCUUUUGGGCCGACGAGAACCCGAGGUUGAUCGAGACGUACAACAACGGCAGUCCUCUCAGCGCCUUGGCAGCCGCGUUGCACGCGCAGGUCGGCCUCCUCGGGGCCAUCGACGCCGUCUGGGUCCCGCCACCGGCCACGCUCGUCGCUGCCGUGCGUCAGCUCCAAGCCGCAGUGACUGCCGGCGCUCGAGGAAGUCCCGCGCUGCAGCACUUUUUACUCGCCGCCGACAAUUCCAUGCUGCUGACGCCAACGCCGCUGCAAUGGCAGGACCCGUCGCUUCGCUUUGCGGGCGGGAACCUGCUCUGCCUCACGGGGAUGCGCCAGACGUAUGUGCAAGAGGUCAUUGGCUACGACGAUGCGUGCAGCACGCAGAUGCCGCUGGCGGUGCCGUGGGACCCGCUGCGGAGCCUCUUUGCCGCCGCCUUUACCAACACAACAUCAUCGAGCGCCCUUUGCGCCCAGUGUCCCGGCACCCAAGCCACGGACUGCAGCGCGGCCUUUUUACGCGCCCACGCCGCGGCGCAGAUGCUGUCGCUCGGCAACAUGACGGUCGCGGCGCUGCCUCCAAUUGCGCUGACGCAGUACGUCUUUGCGAACUCCAGUGACGCGCCGCAGAUCCAGCUGCAGCAGAUUCUGGACCCGUCCUGGGCAUUCUUUGGCGCCAUGAUGCUCUACGACUGGGCCACCAACGUUCGCGAAGUGCUCUCGCUCCAAGGCGACGUGCAGACGAUCGUGGCAAUUUCCAAGGCGUAUACGCCCGCGCCUCCGACGCGCACGCCGCCGUCAGCGAUGCUGGGCACCUACCUGCGCGUCCUCUCGUCGACAGUGAGUCUCUGGCUCGUCUUGGUAGGGGUGGUGGCCCUACUAAUGCUGCGUCGUCGACGCCGCCACGCCCGCGACUGGUUCUUCUUCAACCGCAUCACAAGCUCUGUAUGGGUGACGCGCGUCGCAGUCCUUGUUCGAGGCGCAACGGCAGUCGCAAUCUUGGCCACGAGCGAGCUAACGGCAGCGCCCACACCGGCGCUCAGCAGCCUCGCCAUCCUGCCGCGAUCCCCGCUCACCUCGUGCCUUCUCGCGAAUGAGGCCAACUGGCUCCUUUAUGCGCUGCACGAGCUCAUUGCGCCCCUCUGUCGCCCCGGCACGCUCAAGAGGGUGGCGCCAUUCUCAACGUCACUCUGCGGGCUUUGCAUCGCUCUUCUUGACGUCCUGUCACCAGUUCAAGUCUCGGCAACACUCCGUCGUAGCUGCCACACGAUGAACAUGGACCAAAUGGUCUACUGCAGUAGCGGCUCCGUGGAAGUCGGGAGCUGGUAUCGAGCGCUGGGGAUCGCCGCCAUCGUGCUCGCUGCCGGUCUCGCGACGCUGGUUGCAGCUGCAUUGCAGCCGCCGCAGCCGCCUCGGAAACACUUCGAUGCCUCGCCGUACCUCUCGUGGGCUGCGUUGGCUUUUCUGGACGACGCGACCGCGUUGGAUGACGCCGUCUUGGCGAUGUGUGGGAUCUUCCGCACGUCGGAGCGAAGGCUCUUUGAUAGCAAGCUCUGGCUCUUCGUGCAGAGACCGACACCCAACUCCCCGACGUCGAUGCUGCUCCACGACGCGCGGCCGCCAGUGUCUGUGGACAAGCGUAGCUGGCGUCUCUACCAUCGCAGCUUAGCGGUCGGAGGCAUCGCGUACCUUGCGUGUACGUUGUCUGGCAACGUUGCGUACUUGGGCGUCCUCGCGACCGGGCUCUCGAACGACUUUGGCUGGUCCGGCUUCAACACAUCCGGCAUGCACGUGUACCUUGCCAAGCGCAUCAACUUUGAGCUCCUCCUCGCGUCCGACACAACGCUCUCGCUCGAUAGUCCGUCGCUCGGGGAUGUCGGCGCCGACUACAGCGGUACCCACACCAAUGUGCUUUGGUCUCCGACACUGGCGCGGCGAGAGCUCUUCCGGCCUGACGCUGCUUUGGACGGCAUUGUGGCCGGCCUUCGGGCCAUGGAUCCGUGUCAGCUGCCGUGGAUGUUUACGCAAUACUGCUUCGUUGACUUGGACCGGCAAUGGUCCAUGGCAGCGACGGCGGCGCGGCACGUGCGCUGCAAGACGAGGUACCUAUCGAACGCGGCCGUGUACUUGGAGGCGCCACUGCGCAAUCUGGGCGACUGGGACGCCUGGCACGGAUGCUGGGGAGAGUCGUUCCGCAUCGGGAUUGCCUCGCAUCUGCAGGGGUCCGAGGCGGGCCGGCGCUGGCUGGAGACCGUCGCGAGCAACAGCGUCUCGAUAUCGGAUGAAGUCGCCUACUGGCGCGUGCAUGGCAUUGACCGCUUCGUCCUGCAGUGGCAAAAUUACAAGCUCACGGGCUUUCAAGACGCGAUGGUAUUGGGGACGGCGCUCGGCACAACGCACGCGCUGCCGCUCGCGCAGUUCACCGGGUCGUUCCGCUUUCAUAUGCAGACGUCGAUGCACUUGUACUGGGCACUUGCGAGCGACUUGUGGGCCGUCGCCAACAAUGCGUCCGGCGUCGGCGGCGGUAGUCUCGUUCGCGCGUCCGCAACUUUUGUUUACGCCAACACGACGCCCGACGCCGUCUUGCGCAGGAACGGCUCGGUCGCGUCGCCACUGCCCGCCGGUCUUGCGCCCGUUAUCACCGCACUCGGUCCGUUUGGUGUCAUUGAUACCAACUACGUUCCGUGUCCGGCGUCUCUCAUCACGUACCUCGGUGCGUUCACGCACGCGCUCGCAACGCUGCUGUUUACAGAGCCCGAUGCAGCGCUGGUAUAUUCGCAGCUGCAAACCAAGGCGUUUCUCGGACCGAUGCCCCACCGACUCUUGCACUUGACCGACGUCAGUAUUGUCGGUGGGGACCUUCUCUGUGGCGGCGUUGUUGCCGGCGCCCAGCCGUCGCUUGGGCUCUUCAUGUCGUUUGGCGUCAACAACCUCUGCAACUGGUGGUACAGCGAGGCCAUGUCGCCGACGGCAGCCCAGCUGCUCUUUGCCCUGCUCGCCUUGGACGCCAACACCACCGACGCCGACGGCUUUUGCAGCCAAGACGUCUUUGUCGAAGCCACGUGCGCGAGCCUCUACGCGGCGCACAUCCAAUUUCUUAACGCGUACAACACGACUCCAUUUCAGUCGCUCGCAGCAACGACCGCCAAAGUCCACGCCGACGUGGUCGCGAUCGGCGUUCGCCUGAUCCAGUUUGUGCAGUCGUUCAACGGGUCGCUGGAGCAAACGCUGUACGAAGCCUACCUCUUGGACGACGAGGACCGCAACUGGAGCUUCUACGGCUGGUGUUUUCUCUACGAGUGGGCUAUCGGGCUUCGCGAAGUGGUCUCGUUUGAAGGCGAUUCGGGCACGCUCCCGAUCCUCUCGAGCGCGAUCUACCCGGUCACGCUGACCCUCGACCCGUCUCUCGUGCCCACGGAGAUCGCGUACCUCUUCCAGACGUGCGCCAAGUACGUCACGUACGUCUUUAUCGCGCUCUCGGGCGUCCUCGGCGUCUACAGCCUCGCGUGUCGCGGCCUCAUCGAGGGCUGGAACCUCUUUGACAUCAACCGGCUCGUGGGGCAUGUGUGGGUGGGCCGUCCGCUCCUGAUGCUCCGGUCCGUCACGGCCAUGUGGCUCCUCAACACGACGUCAUUGACGCUGCUUCGAACGCAGCACGCGGGCACGCGCCUCUGGUCGCCGCCGCUGCCGUGGUACACGACGCUCCUCGCCGCCUCGGAGCUCACGUGGCUCGUCUACAUCGUCAACGACCUCCUGAGCUGCUAUUUGCAUCAGCACACACCGCACUACGCGACGCACAGCUCGUUGAUGACGUAUGUCGGCGCCGUCGUCUUUACCUCGGCAUGGCCGCAAGGCUCCGUCGCCACGCUGCGCCGGACGUGCGUCUACAUCGACAUGGACGCCGCGCUCUCGUGCUCGAGCGCGUUCAUCGAGAUUGGCAACGUCGUGCGCAUCGCAGUCGACGGCGCCAUCGUGCUAGGCUGCAUCACCCUCGCUGGCAAGUACGAGUGCUGGGCGCACCGACAUCGACACAAGGCCGUGCUGCCGACGGCUCUCUUGAGCUCGGUAGGCUACUACAUGUUGUACCUCGAACACUGGCGCGUCGAUGGAGGCGUGUACAUCGACCAAGCGUCGGCCGCCAUGGCCGGUCUCCUCACGUGCUACUGGCAAGAGUCGCUCUAUGUGUUUGACAUCAAGCUAUGGCGGCUCCAUCGCAAGCCCAGCUACCGCGGUGAGCUCGACCUCCUCGGGCAGCGCCGCUUCCACUACGCCAUCCCGCUUGACGACUUCGCCGUCAGGGGCCCGUAG